AUGGACUUCCUCGAGUUUCCGCACGUAUUCAAGGAGGACUGCGGUGCAAUGAUACCGGGCCGACUGAAGAUGACCAGCCAGGGAGUCGUCUUCAAGAACAGCAAGACGGGAAAAGUGGAGCGAGUGCAGGGUUCCGAGAUGGAAAGCAUCAGCUGGCAGCGCCUGGGCGCCGGCUACGGGCUCCGCAUCAUGAUGAAGACGGGCGGCAUGUGCCGUUUCGGCGGCUUCCAAGAGGACGAGCAGGAGCGCCUCGCCAAGUUUUUCCAGCAUCACUUCGAGCUCCCGCUUGCGUCGCGCGAACUGUGUCUCAAGGGUUGGAACUGGGGCACGGCGCGCUUCGAAGGCAGCGUGCUCUCGUUCGACGUGGAGAAAAACUCGGCCUACGAGAUCCCGCUGAGCAACGUGUCGCACUGCACCACGGCCAAGAACGAGGUAACGCUCGAAUUCCACCAGAACGACGACGCGGCCGUGUCACUGAUGGAUCUGCGAUUUCAUAUCUCGACCGACCCCAACUCGGAGAUGGACGCGAUACAGGCCUUUCGACACAGCGUUCUCUCCAAGGCCAGCAUCAUCCAGGCGACGGGAGAUGCCAUGGUCACCUUCAAGGAGCUUCGGUGCCUCACGCCUCGCGGUCGCUACGACAUCAAGAUCUUCUCGUCCUGCAUCCAGCUCCGUGGCAACAAGUUAGACUACAAGUUCCCACUCACGACGGUCCUGCGCCUGUUCCUGCUUCCGUACAAGGACAAUCUCCAGGUGUACUUCGUGCUCAGCCUUGAUCCGCCGAUCAAGCAGGGUCAGACACGCUAUCAUUUUCUCAUACUUCUGUUUCACAAGGAAGAAGAGACGAGCAUCGAGCUGGCGCUGUCGGACGCCGACAUCCAGGAGAAGUUUGAAGGCAAGCUGCAGAAGAACAUGUCGGGCCCCAUGUUCGAGGUGAUCAGCCGCGUCAUGAAGGCAGUGGUACAGCGAAGUAUCACCGUGCCGGGCAACUUCAAGGGCCACGGGGGAACCAAUUAUAUUAUCUGUUCAUAUAGGGCAGGCAAUGGACUACUUUACCCGCUCGAGCGGGAAUUCCUUUACAUUUACAAGCCGCCCGUACACAUUCGUUUAGACGAGAUUGCCUGCGUCAACUUCAUACCUAACGCUGACAUCUUGCGAUCAAUCAAAUUUGAGGUGGAGACUAUCACUGGUCUCGUCCACCAAUUCAGUAACAUUGAGAGAAGGGAGUACUGGUUGCUCUUCGACCAUGUGAUUGACAAGAAGCUCACCAUCAAGUCGCGGGGUACACUCUCUGAUGCAGUGUAUGCCCCUGACGCUUAUUUGGCUCGAAUCAAAGACGAAUGCCACCAGAAAGACGAAGUGAAUUCUGAUGAAUCAUCAGACGAAUCAUAUAACCCCAGCGAGUCUGGCAGUGAAGUGGCUGAGGAGUUUGACAGCAACGUAGAGACAAGCUCGGACAGUGAAGCUGGCAGUGGCAGAGGAAAGGGCCGUGGUAGCGGAAGCCGCCGAGAGAAAGCGAAGAACGAAAAGAAGGAAAAGAAGUCUAAGAGUGCCAAAAGUGGCAUAGAGCCUGGUAGGAAACAGGAAAAACCACGUCGGCCAAAGAAAGGUCGUGAUGACAACAAGCCCAAGCGGCCACCGAAUGCCUACAUGCUGUGGCUUGCCGAAAACCGCGACAAGAUCAAAAAGGACAACCCAAGUUUCACCAUCAUUGAUGUGAUGAAGCGUGCUGGCGAGCUCUGGAAAGAGGUGACAAACAAGACGAAGUGGGAGGAACAGGCUGCCGAAGCUGCAGCUAAGUACAAGGUAGACAUUGCUGCCUAUCAGGCUAGUCUGAAGGACCGACCCCAGGAGAGUGAUGACGAGAAAGAUGAGAAAAAGCCGGUAAAAAAGAGCAAACCACCCAAGCGAGCGCCGAUGCUACAUGUCCAACCGAAGGGAUUUUGUCGGUGA